AUGGAAGCUAUGUUUUCAUGUGGCAGAGUUGCAUUUGCAAUUCUAACAAUAUUAUGCUGCUUCACUUCCCCUGCAAUUGCAUGCCCCUUCCCUGAAAGAAAUCUUCUCCUGGAUUCCAAGGCAGCCGUUGUAGAUGAGGAUAACACGCUAACUUCCUGGCACGGAUUCAAUUGCUGCACGUGGAGAGGAGUCAGUUGUAAUCUCCGCACAGGCCAUGUUUCUCGACUGGAUCUGAGUGGAUACAAUGUGAAAGGUAACAUCAGUUCGUCGCUGUUCCAACUUGCACGGUUGGAGCACCUCGAUCUCAGUGACAACCUCUUCAAGGGUAAAUUCAGUCCUCCCCAUAAUCGAAAGUUGAAGAGUCUCUCUUUUCUUGACUUGUCAUUUGCUGGUUAUGUAAAUUAUUCCUCUCUGGAUUCUGUAUGGGAAUUUUAUGUGAGUUUGGAAAGCUUAUCAAAUCUGGCGAGCUUGGAAUACCUCUCUCUUGCUGAAGUGAACAUCUCUGCAAGCAAAGAGUGGGGUGAAGCUGUUGGCAGUCUAUCCAACCUUCAACAACUGAGCAUGUCUGACUGUGGGCUUGGAGGACAAAUUCCCAAUUCCCUUCUCAACCUCACCUCUCUGCUUCAUCUGGAUCUAUCAGACAACUAUUUCUCAGCACAUAUACCAGCUUGGUUUGAAAAUGUGACUGGGCGCUUUCUCUCUCUUGAUAUCUCUUGGAAUAAGAAUCUUGGAGGAGACAUUUCUUUCAUUGGACAACGAAAGUCUUCUUUGUCACUAACCAGCAUUGGUCUUUCAAUGACAGCCAUCAAGGGCCGAAUUCCAUCUGCUAUAUGGAAUAUCUCAUGCUUGGAGCAUCUUCGUCUUUCAUAUACCAGAAUUGAAGGUGAGAUUCCAGCUUCUAUAGGGAAUUUGUUGUCCUUGCAAAGUCUUGAUCUAUCAGAUACCAGAAUCGAAGGUGUGAUUCCAUCUGCUAUAGGGAAUAUGUCGUCUUUGAAGGAUCUUGUUCUCUCAGAUACCAGAAUUGAAGGUCAGAUUCCAUCUGCUAUAGGGAAUGUGUCGUCCUUGAAGAGUCUUUAUCUGUCUAAUAUCUCUAUUGAAGGUGAGUUUCCUGUCUCCAUACUCAAUCUCUCUAAACUUGUUGCAUUGGACCUGUCCUACAACAUGUUAACUGGGGUAAUCCCAGCUUCAUUGGACUCACUUUCUUCCCUUGUUAGUCUUGAACUUUAUGCCAACGAAUUGAAUGGUACGAUUCCAUCUACAAUUUCAAAUCUUGUUAACUUAAGAAGAAUUUCGCUCCACUCCAAUAGUUUAAGCGGCCUCAUUUCCCUUUCUGUAUUCGACAAUCUCACUAGACUUAAUGAGCUGUAUCUUUCUUACAAUCAGUUAACUGUAAACAUUGAUUCAACAUGGAUUCCGCAGUUUAAGCUUUCCGAUUUGGCAUUAGGCUCUUGCAAUUUAGAUAGAAUUCCAUCGUUUCUUGUGACCCAAUACGGCUUGGAAUAUCUAGACCUAUCUGCUAACAGUAUCCAAACAAAUAUUCCAUCUUGGAUAUGGAACUUACCCAGCCUUUAUAGUUUGAACCUUAGCUGUAAUCAAUUAACUGGGUCAUUGCCAUCUAGACAAACCUUACCCAAGUAUUUUGAAAUUCUAGAUUUGCACAAUAAUAGCCUAGAAGGUUCUCUUCAUCUUCCUCUCGCUGGAGCUUAUCUGGUAGAUCUGUCGAUGAAUCAGUUUAAUGGUUCUAUUCUAGUCCCAUCGGUUCUUGACCUUUCAAAAAAUACGCUGAGCAGUGUCAUUCCUCCUCAUUUAACCAGGAUUUGUUCUUCUCUUAGUGUUCUAGAUUUGGCAGAGAAUCAUCUGGAAGGUAAAUUGCCAGCAGAGUGGGGCAACAUUACAAACAUGCAUACAUUGAAGCUCAAUGGUAAUCAUUUGAGAGGAGUUAUUCCCUCAUCCAUUUCAGAAGGCCGAUCUCUGCAAGUAUUGGAUUUGGGAAAUAAUGAUUUGGAAGGCACCCUUCCCCAGUGGAUUGGAAAGCUAUCACAGCUGCAUGUGUUGGUCUUAAGGUCUAAUCAUUUUCAUGGCCGUAUCCCACGCCAGGUAAUUGGCCUUCCGAAUCUUCAAAUUCUGGAUCUUUCUGGCAACCACCUUUCAGGAGCUAUUCCAAGCAACCUUACAAACCUGCUUGCAAUUGUCAAUGCAUCGCAGAAUAAUUCAAACCAUUUGGAAGACGUUAGUUAUACAAAUAAAAUUACAAUUUCCUGGAAAGGCUGGGAUGUUGAAUUUGUGAAAGUUCUCUUUAUUCUUAAAUGUAUUGAUCUUUCAAACAACAACUUAUCAGGGAGCAUUCCUUCUAAAAUGGGAUCUCUUCAAGGCUUGAUAGCCCUUAACCUUUCAAGGAAUCAUCUCAGUGGCCGAAUCCCAAAAACAUUGGGACACAUGGAACAACUAGAGUCUCUGGACCUCUCGCUAAACAGGUUGAAUGGCAACAUUCCCUUAGAACUUGAGUUCCUGAGUUAUUUGGAGUUCUUGAAUCUAUCUUACAACAUGCUUGAUGGAAAAGUACCCCAUGGAGGACAGUUCCUAACUUUUGGGGAGUCGUCGUACUUAGGCAAUCUUAAGCUAAGUGGGAUUCCAUUUACCAAUAUAAGCGUCUGCAACAACUCUUCUGGCUAUGGCAACUGCACAAGUAUUGAGAGAAUUGGUGAAGCAAAGAAUUCAGAUGGUGAAAUGAUAGGAUGGGCAGUGGGACUUGGAUUGAGUUAUGGUAUGGGAUUCUCUAUUGUGAUUGGAGUAUUGACUUUAAAUAAGAGGGUGAGAAAGAGAGCCUUCGAUUUUUAUGAUGUUGUAAUAUUAGUUAUUGAUGGGUGUAUAAGAGGUUAA